AUGGGUUGGAAAAGAAGUUUAUUGUCCUCAUGUGGUAGGCACACGCUAUUGAGAACGAUAGGGGAAGCGAUUCCUAUUUACACACUCUCUUGUUUCAAGCUUCCGAACACGCUGUUAACUGAGAUUCAUAGCAUGUUCUCGCAAUUUUGGUGGGGUAAAAAAGGCGCAGAACGAAAAAUGGUUUGGAUUAAAUGGGACACAAUGACAAUACCGAAGAAAGAUGGAGGAUAUACAGAUUUCUUACAUGCAGAGAUAGGAAGCAUACCGUCGUGGGGCUGGAGAAGUGUUCUUGAAGGUCGCAAGGUGAUCGAGAAAGGCUUGUUAUGGAAAAUAGGUUCUGGUGCUAAUGUUCGCAUCUUCCAUGAUCUCUGGCUCCCACCACCAUUAUCCUUUAAUUUCCCUCAAGCUGCAGUCACAAUCCCACCUAAUCUACAAGUGUAUUAUGUUAGUGCACUACUAAAUUCUGAUAGAAAUUGGAACAGAAACCUGAUUGACUCAUUUUUUCUAGUUGAUAUAUGA